UCUUGUUCUUCUUUUUUCGGCAGCAGGUUGAAGCACUGACAGACUGUAGCUGGCCGAGACCCGAGUCACUUUUCACUUCUUCCUCCACUGGAUUACUGUUUUCACACGGACCUGUUGGAAUAUAGCAUGUUGAAAAUGGAAAGGACAACUUUUUGUAGGAGAUUGUGUACUGUACUAUUUUUUACAAACUGUGUUUCAGGUAACUAUCCCAAGGCACAGAAUGUUUCCUGGUUGUCUAUCAACUUCAAAACACUGCUUAUGUGGGAUCCUAAACCUUUCAACUAUUCAUACACUGUUGAAUAUUCUGUUGUUGGUCAGAUAAGAGAGUGGAACCAACACUGUAUUCGGACCAUGGAGACUGAGUGUGACCUGUCCAACGUUCUGACUGACCUGAAGGCCACAUACUCAGCGGAUGUCCUCUCAGAACCCCUACACAGAGUAAACUCUGACCUCACAGAUUUCCCCCACACCAGUUCGGAAGGGUUUACCCCUUACCAAGACACUCUUAUAGGCAGGCCUGAGUUCAAGAUUGAGGUGAGCAAAGAUAAGAGGAAGAUCACCCUGUAUGUAGAAGACCCUCCCAUAGCCCUGUUCAACGAGCAGAACAAACUAAAGACCAUGCGGGAUGUCUUCGCUGAUGAGCUGCAGUACAAAGUCACCUUUGGGAAAGCAACAAGCACGGGCAAGAAAACCAGGAUUUCUGCCAGCAGUGAGAUAGAGCUAGACAGGAGGGAUAUAGAUCCUGGGGUGAGCUACUGCUUCAACGUCCAGGCCUACAUCCCCUCCCGCAGCACAGACAAACAGCUGGGAGAGCUCAGUCAAACACAGUGUUCACCGGGUGCCAAUAAGUCCUUCUUUGAAGAGUUUGGAAUCGGUGUUAUCGCUGGGUUCAUCCUCCUCGUCAUUACGAUCAUAGUAGUGGCUAUCGUAGUCACAGUGGUGUGCUGCCAACGCACAAGGAAAGCCCACACAAGUGGGAAAGAAGGAGUGCCACUAAGAAGUGUGUAAAAAAUGUAUCGUCGACACAGAAUCGGGAACACAAUGUACAGC